UUCUGACAAACGGGAGGACAGGAAAAAGAAGACAAAGAGGAGGAAGUAGAGAUUAACGGUGGACUAACCCGAAAGGGAGAAUUGUGACAAGUAGAUGAGGGCUCAGAUUAAAACCAAAAACCAAGAAACCGAAAGAGGAGAGAAACAGCAAAAUAUUGACGCAAACUGACAGAGGAGGAAGACUGACUGAUGGAGUGGCAGGCUAUGGCUGGAUAUCCGGGUGGCAGAGUGAUGCACAGGGAAUAUUUCUAGUCCUGUCCUCGGGGUAGUCAGCAAAAGGAGGCAGAGAGGGGCAGAGGAAUAGGGAAAGAAAGAGAGAAAGAAAGAAAGAAAGAAAGAAAGAAAGAAAGAAAGAAAGAAAGAAAGAAAGAAAUGGGAUAAAGAGAGCAGAAGAACAUAAGCAAAACAAAGCAAUCCCAGUCGUAAGGCUCUCCAUUUCUCCUCUGCAUCUGCCUCCACACUCUGCUCAACUCUCCAAAGUUGCUCCCCGGUGAUGUCUGGACGUGCGGUUCGAGCCGAGACACGCAGCCGGGCGAAAGAUGACAUCAAGAAAGUGAUGGCAGCCAUCGAGCAUGUCCGCAGAUGGGAAAAGCGGUGGGUGACGGUUGGGGACACAUCUCUUCGGAUCUACAAGUGGGUACCUAUUGUGGACCCCCGAGAUGAGGAGAAAAGGCGGCUGGCAGGCAACAGCGAGCAGCAGCGGACCAAAGAGCGAAGAGCCCGCAUGCCCAGCCCUCGGAGGAACCCAGCCCUGCUCAUGCUGGACCUCAAUGACGAGAACAGCAAUCAGAGUUCCAUUUCGGAGACCUCCUUGCUGAAAGGCGGGGACACCAGCCCCAGCUCCACCCUGGACCGCAGCCAGACUGUAACUCCCACCCCACUAGGGGAGCUCAAGGCCGAGGACUCUCAGCCUCCUUUGCUGGGGCAGGAAGGAGAGUCCGGAGUGUUGCUUCUGGAGGGGACAGAUGAACCUCCCAUGCUCACCAAAGAAGAGCCAGAUUCCAAGACGUCGGAGACCCAGGACACAGCAGGCCCCGCAAAGCCCGCGAAAGAGGCCUUCGAAGCACCAGCGCCUGAGGCAGAACAGCCGCCCGAGGCUCCGCCAUUGAAGCGCAUGCGCAGUGAGGCACAAGAUUCGGAGUCCAGCCAGCCCUCGGAUGCUUAACCCUCAGGCCUGCUUUUGCUCUCCCCACCUCUUUUGACAGGGUGUUGAGGGAGGGGGAGGGGACUUGCUGGGCGAUACCGUAUAUAUUAACAUAUUAUGCUAAAAUAUGGUGGCCAGCCCACCUUUAUGCCACCUUGCCCACCUGGGCACUGUCACCAUUUCACUGCGCUUGCUGCCCCCUGGUGCAGCCGCUGGGCAAGACUGUUGUUGGUGAAGAAACAUGGCGGCCAUCCUUGGAUACCCCCAGAAGCCAUGUUUGUUUACAUU